CUCCAAAAAGACUCCAUUUUUCAGAGAGAGAGAAAGAUAGAAGCAGAGAGAGAGAGAGAGAGAGAGUCUGUGAGCCAUGAACAAAAACUCGUGGCUCCUGAAGAUCGUGGUGUUCCUCUUCGCCCUAAACUCGCUCUCUCUCUAUGAGGGAGCUGAUCGGGUCGUGCCCAGCAAAGAGUUUCAGUGCAGUGUGUCUAUACUUGCAGUGGAUUGAGGAGCCAACGCUUCUGGUGAAACGGUUUGAGUAUGCAAAUGUUUUCCACACAUUCACGGAUUGGUAUAGCGGUUAUGUAGCUUCCAGAGUCACUGGCUUACCUAGCCGGCCUCAUGUUGUCUUUGUAGAUGGCCAUUGUAGGACACAAUUGGAAGAAACAUGGAAAGCGUUGUUCUCUAGCAUUAGAUAUGCGAAAAACUUUAGUGGUCCAGUUUGUUUUCGUCAUGCUAUUAUGUCACCUCUUGGAUAUGAAACUGCAUGGUUUAAGGGGCUCACUGAAGAUAUAGCGUGUGAGGGAGCUUCUGCACCAGAGCUGUGGCAACACCCUGAUGACAAGAAAACUGCACGACUGUCUGAGUUUGGAGAAAUGAUUAGAGGUGCUUUUGGAAUUCCAGUGCAUAGGCAGCGUAUUGAGAAGCAAGCCUCAGGUCUCAAUAUCCUUUUUGUUCGCCAUGAAGAUUAUCUACCGCAUCCACGUCACGGUGGUAAAGUUGAAUCAAGGUUAAGCAACGAACAAGAAGUCUUUGAUGCCUUAAAGUGCUGGGUGUCGAAUCACAAGGAAUGCAAAAUAAACUUAGUGAACAGAUUGUUUGCACACAUGUCGAUGAAAGAACAAGUCCGGGCCAUUCAAGAUGCUUCUGUUAUUAUUGGUGCUCAUGGUGCAGGUCUCAUGCAUAUAGUAUCUGCAUUGCCGAAAACCGUGGUUCUGGAGAUCAUUAGCAGCCAAUAUAGACGGCCACAUUUUGCUUUAAUUGCCCAGUGGAAAGGGUUGGAAUAUCAUGCCAUUAGUCUUGCGGGUUUGUAUGCCUCUCCGUCAGUUGUUAUUGACAACCUUAGCCGUAUACUGAGGACCCUUGGGUGCUGAAAACCAUUUGGUUGGAAGUUACUUUCUUCCAUCAGGUUUGAUUUAUGUACCACACCAUGUCUGUUUCCUCAGGAAUGCUAACACUAUAUUACACGGUAGAUCAAACUUAUCUUAGUCAAGAUAGAUAAGUUAACACUUCUUGGACUCUAAUUGACUUUCCCAUAGUUGGUUGAGAAUUAUAGUUAGGGUGCUUGAGCAAUGGUACGGGAAGAUGUAUGCCCUUUGAAAAGCAUAUGAGCAUUGUGGCAAAUUAGCUGACUUGGAUCAGGAAGCGUCCAAUUAUCAGCGGAAAGGUAUGAACAGUCUGUACUCUGUGGACAGUAGAACAGUGUGUGCAUGUAUGUUAAGUUACCUUGACACCCAAAAUCAUUUUAUUUGUUAGUUCACUGGUUCAGGAACACAACCUGACAGGUUGAGGCCUGGUUUUGCUUGUAUACUGAUUCUUUCUUACCAUCUUCUUGUACAAUAGAUCAAUGCAUGUAUCCAAUUUUUUAUCAGAAACCUUAAUGCAUACAAAAUGCUGUUUCCUUUUUA